GAGGUGGGCUGUCUGCGGCUCGGCCCACCCUUCUGCGGCCUGAGAGUGGUCUCAUCAACUGGAAGAUGGCAACGCUAAUCCUUAUUGAUAAGGAAAAUGGUGAAGUUGGUGCUACUAAGAAUCAGCUAAGACUCCCUUCAGGAUCUUCAAAAGCCUUAUCUGAAAGAAUACAAGUUAACACUCCCCUUCCUAAAAAAACAAUCAGUACAUCACCAGCCACAUCUCACUCUGUCAGAAAGGCUCUUGGAAAUGUGAAUAGAACUGAAGAAGUCAUGAGCAAGAUGGAAAAGAUAAGACAGAAAAAUCAGCCUUGCACUGCAAACAAGGUUACUGAAAAGACUGCUGGAUUAGAAAGCUGUGAUGCAGUGGCUGAAGAAGACUGGCCAGAAAUAGAAAAUAUGUUUCCUUUUGAUCCUCAAGACUUUGAGAGUUUAGAUCUUCCUGAAGAGCACAAAAUAAGCAAUAUCAACCUGCGUGGUGUUCCCCUUAUGGUAUUUGAAAGGACAUAUGACAGAUAUGUGAACAUGGUUCCUUCACCUAUGAAGAUUGAAGAGAUUUCAUGGGAGUCUAACUUGCUACAGUCAACUGCUGACUUCCUUGCUACCCUGGAUGAGAUCAUUGACAUGCCACCUCCAAACUAUGACCUUUAAUAUGCAUAUUCUGAAGUUUCUAUUGAGUUCAAAUUUCAUGUAGUUCUGUAUUUUAAUAAAGGCUAA